GCUUGGAACACCUGAUCCUAUGAAUAAGCCAGAGGUGAUUUUAUACGAGUUGAAGCUGCUUUACAACAACUUGGUAGUUUUUCUCAGUUCUUUUUUUCCCCGCAAUGCCUCCUAUAGAGCGAGAAAGUAACAAAGUUCGCCUUGUGAUGUUGGGAGCAGCCGGGGUCGGAAAGAGCGCGCUCAUCGAGCGGUUUCUGCACGACCACUUUGAAAGCAAAUACACGCGUACCGUGGAAGAAUUCCACGCGCUCCAGUACGACUCCGCCGACUCGGGAGAGGUGCGCCUCGAGAUUCUGGACACAAGCGGCAGUUAUUCUUUCCCGGCGAUGCGGGAGCUUAGCAUCAAGCAUGCCAACGCGUUCGCGCUUGUGUACGCGGUGGACGACCUCGAGUCGUUUCGAGAAGUUGGACGGCUUCGUGAGGAGAUUCUCAUGCUGAAAAAGAACGCGCUCAUCACCGUCGUCGGCCACAAAGCAGACUUAACCGAAACGGAGGGUCGCGUGCUGUUCGCAGUAGACGUCAUGCCAUUGGUGGAGAAGAUAUGGGGCUCGAGCUUCGUAGAGGCGUCGUCACUCACCGGGAUCAACACGGUCGGUGUGUUCCUUGCUCUGCUACAACACGUCAACUUGCCACAAAGACUGAGUCCCUUCAUCUCCCAACGUAGAGUGAACACGCAGAGGCAGAACUUGAAAAGAAAACCUGCACUCAAGAAAAACAAAAGUUGUAUUUUGUCAUGAGUAUGGUCAGCUUGUAAGAUUCGUCCUCUAUUGGUUGGAUGGGCAUUGCUUCAUUUAAUUGACCUACAUCUUCAUCGGUAAUUGAGUUUACUGCAGAGUUUAAUCAAAACGGCCAUUAACAUGCACAUAAAUAGUGCAACCACAAAGGCAAGCGUAAAGUCUUGUGGAUUGAGAAACAGACCGAGGCGUCGUGCAGGGUGUUCUGGCCUGAAGAGACCAGUUGUGGACAUGAUGAGCAGAACAGGUGCUAUAGGCCUAUUGGUUCCUGUUUGGGGGCCAAGUCCACUGGCCACAACUUUCCCUCAUUGUUUCGCCAAGGAAAUAACGUAUUGCGUAUUAAGUAUUAUUUUCAGCAGCAUAGCCUUUAUACUUACGUGCAAUGCAAAUGGAAGAACAUAAAAUAGUAAUGAUUCUGACCACACCUCGCCCCUCCACAAAAUAAAUAUUUUAAAUGGUAUAUUGUGGGACUUGUUAAUGAGUAUUGGUAGGCCUAUAUAUAUGCGUUUAGGUCAGAGCUGUGUAUAUUUUGGUAGGCCUAUCCUAUAUUAAAAAUAUUAAACAAGGAAAAAAAAAAGUAAAUCCCAUUGCGCUUCCCUGCUCUGCUGGUGGUGGAGUUAUAACCUGACGUACAGUUCUCACGUAACACAUGUUUGGUAUAUUUCAAAGUCUUUGCCAUGAUUACUGCACAAACCAAAACAAAGACAUAUCUUAUUAUAGUAACAUGGAUGUAUACAAUUAAUACUAAGAAUAUGGAUGUCUUAUAGUUAUAUGCAUGAUAAAUCAAAUGUGUAUAUUAAAUAAAGAGUAACAUAUGGAAGUUGAACUUAGUUUAGAGCCUUAU